GUGGGGGUUGGCGGAGGCGACACCCAAAGCCGGGAGAAAGUUGCUCACGUUAGAGCAGUUGCGAGACCAAAGUAACUGGAACAGAGCGAAGAAGGAAGGGGGCAGAAUGACUAGAUCUCUGCUGCGGCCCACCGCGCUCGGACAACUCCUGCUGUGGCUGCUGCUGCCCCCGCUGCCUGUGCCCAGGGUCGAGGCUAGGAAGUCCAGGCCCUCGCUGCCCUGUCCGGCGGCCUGCGAGCCGACGCGCUGCCCCCCGCUGCCCACCUGCUCCGCUGGGGCGACGCCGGUGCUCGACCGCUGCCGCUGCUGCCGCGUCUGCGCGGCGGCCGAGGGAGAGGCCUGUGGUGGGACGCUGGGCCGGCGGUGCGCCCCGGGGCUGCAGUGCCGCGCGCCGCUCAGCGCCCAGCGCUUCCGCGGCGCCUGGAUGGGCACUUGCGGCUGCCCCGCGGCGGGAGCGGCCGUGUGCGGCAGCGAUGGGCGCACCUACCCCAACCUGUGCGCGCUGCGCGCCGAGAACCGCGCCGCGCGCCUCCGGGGCGCGCUCCCGGCCGUGCCCGUGCUGAAGGGCGACUGCGCCGACCAAGGGACCAGGAGUGUAGGCCGGCUCAGGAGCAAGUACAACUUCAUCGCCGCCGUGGUGGAGAAGGUGGCACCAUCCGUGGUUCACUUGCAGCUGUUCCGCAGGUCACCUCUUAGCAGCAAGGAUGUUCCUGCAUCCAGUGGCUCUGGGUUCAUAGUGUCUGAGGAUGGGCUCAUUGUUACCAAUGCCCACGUCCUCACCAACCAGCAGCGGAUCCAGGCGGAGCUCCAGAGUGGGGUCCAGUAUGAAGCCACUGUCAAGGACAUUGACCAUAAAUUGGAUCUUGCGCUGAUUAAGAUUGAGCCAAACACUGACCUUCCUGUAUUGCUGCUGGGAAGGUCAUCUGACCUGUGGGCUGGAGAGUUCGUGGUGGCCUUGGGCAGCCCGUUUUCUCUGCAGAACACAGUGACUGCAGGAAUUGUCAGCACUACACAGAGAGGGGGCAAAGAGCUGGGGCUGAAGGAUUCGAACAUGGACUAUAUCCAGACUGAUGCCAUAAUUAACCAUGGGAAUUCUGGGGGACCUCUGGUGAACUUGGAUGGUGAUGUGAUUGGCAUAAAUACACUCAAGGUGACCGCGGGAAUCUCCUUCGCAAUUCCCUCAGAUCGAAUUCGACAGUUUUUGGCAGAAUUCCAUGAGCGCCAGUUGAAAGGAAAAGCUCUUUCACAGAAGAAGUAUCUCGGUCUGCGGAUGCUGCCUCUCACUAUGAACCUUCUUCAAGAGAUGAAAAGGCAAGAUCCAGAUUUCCCUGAUGUGAGUUCUGGAGUUUUUGUGUAUGAGGUGAUUCAAGGAACAGCUGCUGAAAGCUCUGGGUUGAGAGACCACGAUGUAAUUGUCAGCAUAAAUGGGCAACCUGUUACCACCACAACUGAUGUUACUCAAGCUGUUAAGGACAGUGAUUCCCUUUCCAUGAUGGUUCGUCGGGGAAGUCAAACUCUGAUCCUGACAGUCACACCUGAAAUAAUCAAUUAAAUAUCUUGCCUUAAAGAGAAAUUAUCUAACAAAACCAAAGCUAUAUUACCUGGUUUGUAUUGAAGAUGUACCAAAGAUGGCAAGUUUUAGGUUCUCUUUCUUAUAAAGAAAAACGAAUGCUUUAAAACACA